CUCUCUAUAUAUCUUUGUGUUUAUUUACUUCAUUUGUGACUUGAGAAGAAGAAGAAGUAAACUACCCAUUUGCUUAAUCAAUGGAAGGUGUAUCAGUGAAGGUUUACAAGAGUCUGAAGGGCUACUGGACUAAAAGGCAUUACGAGCGCCUUGACUCCACCUCUUGCAGGCCUCCAGUUCAAGUUGCCACCGAAAUCGGCGAGGACCCGAUCCGGAAAAGACGGAAAUGGGGGAUUAAAAUCGGGCGGAAGAUAAAGAUCCGGUUCUCUCCCAAGACAUUUCUUAGGAGGAUGAGAGAUGCCUACAUGAAUUUCAUGCUUCGAUUUGCCAAUUCGGGUCUUAUAGGACCUGGUGGUUUAGGAGGAGAUGGUGUUUCUGGGUUCGGUUCUCGACCAAUAAAGGAGUACGAUGAGAAGAUUAUCAUUGAGAUCUACAAAUCUAUAUUAAAGCGCAGGGAUUCACCUAUGAUUGGGUCGCAGCAGAUGAUGGCCACAACAUUGUAAAAGUUGAAGGUUUGUCGGUCCAAACCCGAUAGUGUUGUUAAAUUUUGAAAUAAUUAAGGAUCUCUAAUGAGAAAAGAAACUGUCUUCAUCUAUAUGUAAUCACUUCUUGUUUCUAUUA